UCUUACUCCGUCGUGUAUUUUCCCGCCCAUUUUCCAGAGCCAAUACUCCCAUUUUCUCUGCUUUCUUCCGGUAGGUUUGGCCGCCGAUCUCUACUCCUCCGCGCUAUUUCGGUUCCAUGUUAUACAUUUCACAGCGUCUUACGAAUCUUCAACUUUUCUCAAACCCUCUCCAUCCCGUCCGGUGAAAAAGAUGAGUGCUCCUAUGGAGAUUUCUCUGCCAAACCCUCCCUUGGAUGCGCAGGUGCCUGAAUCAAAUGGCAUCGUCUCCGAGUCAACUGCUUCUUCUAUUGUAAAUGAAGACAAAAUUCUCGUUUCAGUCGAGGUGUGUUUGAAAUCCUCCAGCACAGCACGGAUUGAAGAUGUCCGGAUGGCUGUUGAGAGAAUGCUUGAGAAGAGAAGUUUAAGCUAUGUUGAUGGGCCCAUUCCAGUGCCGCUCGAUGACGCUUUUCUCGCGGAAAACGUGCAAGGAAUCCGAAUUUGCGACUCUGACGACGGUGUGCAAAACCAUGAUAUCCUCUUAUUCUGGCAAGUCAAACCUGUCGUUCAUGUCUUUCAGCUAAGUGAAGAAGGACCCUGCGAGGAACUUGGUGGGGAAGGACAGAUUUCUAGUUUUAAUGAAUGGAUACUUCCUGCCAAGGAGUUUGACGGCAUCUGGGAAAGUUUAAUUUUUGAGUCUGGUCUCAAGCAAAGACUUCUGCGAUAUGCUGCUAGUGCUUUGUUAUUCACAGAGAAGGGUGUCGAUCCAUUCCUAGUGUCAUGGAAUCGGAUUGUCCUAUUACAUGGACCUCCAGGGACUGGUAAGACGUCUUUAUGCAAAGCACUGGCUCAAAAACUGUCGAUAAGAUAUCUGUCAAGAUAUCCACACAGCGUACUAAUUGAAGUUAAUGCACAUUCACUGUUCAGCAAAUGGUUUUCUGAAAGUGGCAAGCUGGUUGCAAAGCUAUUCCAGAAGAUUCAAGAGAUGAUAGAGGAAGAAGACAAUCUGGUAUUUGUUUUGAUUGAUGAAGUGGAAAGCUUAGCUGCUGCUAGAAAGGCUGCUUUGUCUGGUUCAGAACCUUCAGAUUCCAUUAGGGUUGUCAAUGCGCUACUUACACAGAUAGACAAGUUGAAAUCGUCACCAAAUGUGGUGAUUCUGACAACUUCCAAUAUAACAGCUGCUAUUGAUAUUGCAUUUGUAGACCGUGCAGAUAUCAAAGCAUAUGUAGGUCCACCAACUCUUCAAGCACGUUAUGAAAUUCUAAGGUCCUGCUUGCAAGAGCUUCUACGCACUGGAAUUUUGACAACGGUUGAGGGUUUUGACCACUCUAUGCUUCCUAACUAUGCUGGUUUGAAAGAGAAAAUAAGCAUUCGAGAGACCAAGAAGGUUGAUGUACCACUUCACAUCUGCAAACUAUUGCUCGAGGUUGCUGAAGCAUGCGAGGGUACUAGUGGACGUUUUUUAAGAAAACUCCCGUUCUUAGCUCAUGCGACUCUAGCCAAUCCAUGUACUGGCGACCCUUCAAAGUUCUUGUUCGCCAUGUUGGAAACGGCUGUGAGAGACCGAGCAGAGUUACCCGAAUGAACGUGUUAUUGUCAAGAAGCUUCUUGUGCUUGUAAUUAAUGUUGUGCUGAUAACAUUUACAUAUACAGAUCUAAAUCUGGAAAUCAGUUGUAGAAGCUGAUGCUACUUGAAAAGCCUACUAAAAUACUCAUUUUUAGUUGAAUCCAUUGCUUAUAAAGUUAUGAGGACUCUCUGUAA